GUAGGGAGCAAGGGAGCGUUUGAACGUGGUCCUGACUAGAUAGCGUACGGAACUGUUAGAGGGGAUUAGCUAGCUUUAGCGAGCUAGCUGGCAUCACAACACUGGGUUUGGGAAGCUGAGGCUGCUGUUUUAUUGUAAUAAUAGAAGAAAAUAAGGGGGCCCAUGGAGGAGUCUGGGGAUAUUAAUGUGACUGUUAAAACUCUGGACUCUCAGAGCAGGAGCUACACAGUCAGAGGAGAGUGGACGGUGCAAGAGUUUAAGGAGCACAUUGCCUCCUCGGUUGAGAUCCCCGCAGAUAAACAGAGGCUGAUCUACCAGGGCAGGGUGCUGCAGGAUGACAGGACACUAAUUGAAUACAAUGUUGAUGGGAAGGUCAUUCAUCUCGUCGAGCGUGCUCCUCCCCAGACCACACAGUCCGGAGGUGGAGGAGAUGCUGUGUCUGGCUCAUCCGGAGGAGGCGGAGAAGGCUCGUCCAGCUCGACCCAUUCCUCAACCUCCACCUCCCAAGGAGCUCCGCAUGACCGCAAUGGUAACAGCUACGUCAUGCUGGGCACCUUUAACCUCCCGGUGAACAUCCUGGACCCCCAGCAGAUUCAGAUGUCUGUGCAGCAGAUGAUGGCUGGUGUUGGGGAUGGAGGGCGAAAUGCUAGAGUCAACACCAGCACUGGGAGCAAUGGGGCUGUGGAUGUGCAUAUUAACUUGGACCAGUCAGCUCAAAGUGAACCGAGGAUACGGCUCCAGUUGGCAGAAAACCUGUUGCGAGAGACUCAGUCUUUAAUUCGCAGAUUGGAGAGUCAAGCGAGUGAAGGAUCCACCGAGCAGAGACCUGCAGAUUCCUCUUCUUCUUCAGCACAACCAAUGGACACUUCCCCACCUCCACCUCCUGCCUCUUCUUCCUCUUCCUCCACCUCCACACAGACAGAAGGCCCUCCUCACUCUGGACCAAACCACCCAAGCCCGUCAGAGCUGAUGGAGGUGCUUUCAGAAGUGCGGAGGGUGGAGGAAAGGCUCCGCCCCUUCAUGGAGAGAACUCACUCCAUUCUGGCAGCAGCCACUUCUGCUGAUUACAACAACAAUACACAAGAGCGUGAUGAAGACCAGCGCACUCUUAAUGUAGUCGGCGAGUCCCUUCGGCUUCUAGGCAACACCUUGGUUGCUUUGAGUGACCUUCGAUGCAACCUGGCCGCACAGCCUCCCCGCCACUUACACGUGGUUCGGCCCAUAACCCACUACACCUCACCAGUUGUGCUGCAGAGUGGUUUGCCACAUAUACCAAUACCAAUGAACAUCGGAACCACUGUUACAAUGACCUCUAAUGGCAGACAGGCAGGUGAAGGUCAGUCUCAGCCACCUCAAUCAUCAGGCCAAGCAGAGGAGCAAGAUCAGGCACAGGCACCAUCCUCUCAGCCCAAUGGUGCCAAUCAGAUGCCUGGUCAGGGGACACCUCGUGUGAUCAGAAUCACCCACCAGACCAUGGAGCCUGUGGUUAUGAUGCAGAUGAACCUGGAUGAUUCAGGCAGUGGAGCUCAGGCCCCAGGCCAACAGAAUCCCAACGCUGCUGGACAGACUGGCUCGACCCCACCCAUGCACAUCCCUGGCUUGCCACCUGAGUUUAUGCAGGCCAUCGUGCAUCAGAUCUCUCAGCAGGCUGCUGCAAUGGCCACCGCAACCUCAGCUGGCCACCACGGACAUCAGUCAGGCACUCCUGCACCAAAUGGAGAAGCACCAGCUGUUCCUCCACCUCCGCAAGCCAGAGUUGUCAUCACUCGACCUGCCUUUACCCCAAGGAUUCCUCAGCCUGCAGGGACCAGGGCAGCUACUAUCAACCUGCGUGCAUCAGUGCCACCCACCACCGGCCAACAGCCUGCACAGGGCCCUAUGGCUAAUUCUCCUCUCACUCAGAUGGUGAGUGGUUUGGUCGGGCAGCUGCUAAUGCCGAUGCACACAGGUGAUCAAGCAUCCACUGGAACCUCAUCCCAUUCGUUCUCCUUCUCUACCUCUUCCUCCUCCUCCUCCUCUUCUUCUUCAACUGCCCCUUCCUCAUCAGCCAAUACAUCUACACAUACCUCUUCUAACACCACCAGCACAGCCCCUACGGGCCAGUCACAGAACGAGGGUCCGGAAGGGAACUUGCCACACCUACUGGGCUCUCUCUUGGGUGGAGCUGCUGGAGUAGGUGGGAAUGUUUCUGGAGGAUCUCCUUCCAUUACUGUGACACUGCCCGGUGUGCCUGCCUUCAUCCAGGGCAUGUCUGAGUUUAUCCAGUCCAAUCAGCCUGUGUUUCCUCCUCCUCCGAGCCAGCAGCCUCCACCCGCUCCCUCUGCUCCAUCUGCCCCAUCAGCGACUUCUCAGAACCCUCCUCAUCCUCCGAGUGGAGGAGGGGAGACUCUGAACCCAGAGCUGUUCACAGGCAUAGUGCAGGGUGUGCUGUCCACCAUGAUGGGUUCUUUGGGGGCCGGUCAGGGUAACAGUGAGAGCAUUGCCCAAUUCAUUCAAAGACUUUCUCAAACAAGCAAUCUUUUUACUCCUGGAGCUGGAGAUGCUGUGGGUUUCUUCGGAGAUUUGCUGUCCCUGGUGUGUCAGAGUUUCUCCAUGGUGGAUAUGGUGGUGUUGCUGCAUGGCAACCCCCAGCCUCUGAGUCGUAUCCAGCCUGAACUUGCCACCUUCUUCAAUGAGCACUAUCUUAAUGGACAAGAGCCUACUGAUGCCAAUAUUGCUAACGCUGCUGAAGAUCUCAUCAAUGGACUGGAGGAGUAUAUCGCUGAGAGUUUUUCCACAGUCACAGUUCGUGAAGGAGUGGACAUCAUCCAGACAAACAUAUCCUUCCUCAGACAGCAGUUCACCCGCAUGGCAACACAUAUACUCCGCUGUACAGAUCACAUGUUUGGUCCUCGCUUGCUGUUUCUCUGCACUCAGGGUCUUUUUGAGUGUCUGGCUCUCAACCUGUACUGUUUAAGAGGAGAGCAGAGAGCACUUACAGCAGUCAUCAAUCAUCGCAUUAGAAGGAUGUCUGCAGAAGUCAAUCCGAGUCUAGUGAACUGGUUGACCAGUAUGAUGUCCAUGAGACUGCAUGUGAUCCUGGACCAUAACCCAGUUACAGAGGACCAAAUCCAGCAUUAUGUUCUCUACACACAGCCCGAGGCAGAUGCGAGGGUGGAGUCGAAUACGGAGACAGUCCAGCAGACCGAGAGCCAGAAUGUGGAGAUGUCUCCAGCACCUGCCACCACUGCUGAGGAGGCCAUGGCACCUUCGGGAGAGAGAACUGACUCGAGACAGCCAGCUUCGGAUCUCACUCCUCUACACAGGCCAUCCUCAGUGAACACACGAGAACCAGCUGGAAUGGCUGCUAACGGGAGGGAGGAGUCAGGAGCGGAGGCAGAGCCAUGGGCAGCAGCUGUGCCACCUGAGUGGAUGCCCAUCAUUAGGCAUGACAUGCUGUCUCAAAGGAAAAUAAAAGCUCAGCCUCCACUGUCUGAUGCUUACCUUCAGGGAAUGCCAGCCAAGAGGAGGAAGACUGCACAGGGUGAAGGACCACACCUUUCUCUCUCAGAGGCUGUGACCGUCGCUGCCCGUGCAGUAGGAGCGCGGCCUGUUACUACUUCAGACAACCUCCAGGGGGAGCUGGACACACCGGAGCUACAGGAUGCUUACACACAACAGAUCAAGAAUGACCUAAGGAAAAGAGUUAAUGAAGAUCCAGACUACAAUUCUCAGCGUUUCCCAAACACGCACAAGGCUUUCUCUGAAGACUCCUAAUCUCAUCGUAUCAUUUUUGCACAUUGUUAGAUGAAAUAUUCAUAUGUAUGAUCUGUAGUCAGUCAAAAGAGGAGCUGGAUUCUUCUGUGAAAGCGGCCGACACUUCUUCACCGGGUGUGCAAUAGCCACCGAUGGCUGGUUAUUGCGAAAGCAUCGCUGUGGACCUCUCGCAAUCACGUUUUCUUUUAACGGAUUCCUUCCGUACGUCCUUCAUGUCCACUGUCGACUUCAACGCGCCAUGGGAGGAUCUGUCAGGAAAAUUUGCCUUGUCUUGUGACGACUAAGAUUCAGCAAAAGCUCAACUUUAUACACAUGCACUGCAUGGAGGCACCACUAAGGCCAACAUAGACUUCACCAGGACGAAGACUUAGUCUAGGUCAGGAAACCCGUAGCCAGGGAACUCGUAGCAUCAAGCUUUCUUUGUAAUGUAAUAUAGAUGAAUAUUGUAAAGAUUUUGUUUUAAUUGUUGCAAUAAUAGCACCAUGUACACAUGAAGUAAAAAAAAAAAUUGGCUUGAUCAUCCAAAUAGGUCUGUUUGUAAUUUUCAAUAUAAACACAUUAGGCGGUUAGAAAUCUGCUCGAAUCAGAUGUGUGUUUAGUGAUAGCGGAGAGUUACGUGUGAUAUGCUUUACCACUGUCUUUGUUUUACUCGAUCGAUUUCCUUACUUUUAAUCGUGUUGAGAACACAUACCGAUUGUGAACGUGAUCGUUCUGCACCAAAACGAAUCCCAAAUCUCACCGAGUUUAAUCUGCUUGCGACAGAAUCAGUGUUUAAAAUCAAUAUUUUGCCAUGAUGUAAUAAAAAUCCAUGUUUCAUUUUA